GCAUCGAACACCACACCGGCCGCAUAAUCUCCCUCCUCAUCCAUCCUUUUAUUUUCCUUAUUAUUAUAACAACAAACUGUUCGGUGCGGGGAUCUGAUCAGUGUAUCCGCAGAUCCAAUUUCAUUCAGCACCAGACUGUAAUCUUGUAAUCUUAUAGCCGAGAUUAUUUAUUAUUUAACCCUUUAUUUUGCCCUGUUCAGAAUCGAGCCAGUAUCGCGGUGGUAAUCCUGAUCAGGCCUUAAUUCCUUCAGUCCAUCUGUCUGUCAUCAAAUACUAAAGAAAAUGGCCAAAAACGAGAAGGGCGGAUGGAAAGAAUUCAUCUGGAACCCCAGGACCCGUGAGUUGUUCGGCAGGACCGCCAGCAGUUGGGGUCUGAUCUUUCUGUUCUACGUGGCCUUCUACAUCUUCCUUGCUGGAUUCUUCGGUUUGACCAUAUAUGUUAUGCUUCUGACCCUCGACGACAACAUACCUACCUACCAGGACCGGCUCAGCACUCCAGGGGUGAUGAUUAGGCCUACAGGUAAGGAUCUGGAGAUCUUCUACACCAAGGAGAACACAGAGAGCUGGGACCUGCACGUCCAGGCAUUAAACCGCUUCCUAGCCCCCUACAAAGACCAGGCUCAAGAGGCGAAUAACAUCGAGUGCACGCCUGACACGUACUUCUACCAGGAGGACAGCGACAGUGUGAAGAACAACCCCAAACGCUCGUGCUGGUUCAAGCGCUCCUCUCUGGAUCAAUGCUCCGGCAUAACAGACCUCUCCUACGGCUAUGACAAGGGCCAACCGUGCAUCCUCAUCAAGCUGAACAGGGUGAUCGGGAUGCUGCCAGGGAAGGAUGGCCAGGCACCGACUGUUAGCUGCGGUGCCAAGACUGAUGACUCGGAUAAGCUGGGCGAGGUUGCGUACUUCCCUCGCAAUGGCACCUUUAACCUGAUGUACUACCCAUACUAUGGCAAGAAGGCGCAGGUCAACUACACUCAGCCUCUGGUGGCCGUCAAGUUCAUGAACAUCAGCAUGAACGCCGAGGUGAACGUGGAAUGCAAGAUCAGCAACUUCGCCGCCAUCAACGAACGCGACAAGUUCGCCGGCCGCAUCUCGUUCAAGCUCAAAAUCAACGGCAAAAAUUAAUUUUGCUAAAAAGAAGUGUGUUCUGCUACACACUAAAGUAUAUAUACACACACACAUACACACACACACACCUUAUACACACAUAUGCACUUCACUCACGCACAGGAAGCUCUCCGAAACACCCGGUGACUAAACGAAGGUGCUAACGAGGUGCUGGUUCUGUCGCGUAUGUGUGUACGAGAGCGUGAGUGUGUGUUCAUACACUAUUUUAUCUAAAACUGACAGCUGAGACAUCUAUUUAUACUGCAUGAUUAUAACCCCGAAGAAACAUUUAUGCAGUGCGGCUUUACAGACGGAGGACUCGGUGUGAGCGGAACAGAACAGGUACCAUCAAGGAUGAGCUCAUUUCGAUCAGCUAACGUUGCUGUUUGAAUACAGAUCAAACGCUAAUGGUGAUAACAGUGUGGUGUAGGUGGAGAACGCUACAAUUCUGCAUGUGCUUUUACCUCAAGGUGACAGCUGUGGGACCGUGUGUGUGUCUGUGCGUUAUGUUGAACAUUUGAACCCUAAAACUGUAUUUUCUAGACUAUAAAUAAAAUCGAAUAAAACCAAACUACACUACAUUUAGCCGAAUUUAACUGUGCUGAUUUUAAGUGAAUUGGAAUCAAACUGACUGAAUCGAACUGAAUUGACUGAAUUAAGGUCAUGUGAUCUGAGCUUGAUUUCAUUAAACUCAACCAAGUUUACCAACCAGUCACAACAAGCUAAUUUAAAAUGAAAUAAAAUGAUCUGAAAUAAACUAAAUCAACAACACUGAGGGUCGCAGGGAUUCCUCAUAAUAACUACUGCAAUUACGACCUCUGCUGGCUGGUCUAUGGUGCUGCACAGUGACGGGGGAUAAUGGGGAUGGGUGCACGACUCUCUGUGCGCCAUACGGCUCUCAACAUGAGCCGGCUUUGUGCAGGUGAAAAAAGCAGGGAAUUCAGCGGGUCCAUAGCUGAGCCGUGGCCGGAAGUCGAGACGUCUGGGUUGCAAAAUGGCAUCAGAGCGAGGACAUGGGUACAAGUCGAUUUAAAGCCCAUCCAGCCCAAGUUAGCAGCUGCUGUGUGAUAAAUGAGAAUCAGUCAGUGUAAGGAAACCAUAUAAUACAAUGUGGCUAAUGCGAUCGAGCUCAGAUCACAUGACUUUAAUUCACACUGGUCAGCCCGAUUCAGUCCAGUUUGAUUCCAAUUCCCCUCAAUUCACAAUUUGCCUCAGUGGAAGCACCAGGACCGUCCUUGAUUUUUCUUCCACCCCAGCUGAGAAAAGGACAAAUCAAAGAUCUAGUAUUACUGUCUCAUUAUAGUCUAGAAAAUACGACAUUCCUGUUUAUUAAUUUGAUGUACUCGGAUUAAUAUCUCUGCUGCUAUCAUCCGGCCAUCCUACAAUAUCAAACUCAGCCCAUUUCUAUGAGAUGUAGUUACUUCUGCUUAUUUAUAAGUAUAAAUAAGUACUAAAUAAGAAAUAAAUUGUGGUUUUGCAUGUAUAUUAGUGUCACGUGUGGACGGGAUGUUGUUUUUUUUUCCUUUUGUAUUGAUUUGCACUUGGUCUGGUUCUAUAGGCCGGAGGUGUGUGGAGGAGGCGGACAGGCGUGUGUUAUUGUGAGCGUGUGCACGUGUGUAUGUUAUUAUAUGCUGGUGUGAAUGAGCUGUAGAUCUGAUCUGUAUUUCAUUUUCUUUAAUUCAUUUUAUUUCUUUUUGAUGUUUGUUGAAGUUUGUUGUAUAUUUUGGGAAUGUUGACUCGUCUCUUGUGUUGGUUAGUCGAUACAGUGAGGUUGAUACAAAGGUGUAGAGAUGAUAGAAAUGCGUUUUAGGUUUCAUUAAUCAUGUGCACGAGCAAAUCCAACCAAAGCAGCUUUUCGUUCCUCUCCGACCCGCCCAGUUUGCACAUCCAGUGUUCCCCGUUUAAACUUAGAACUAUUUGAUCAGUUCUGUGCUCUGAUGGACGGAUGAUAAAGGUUCAUCCUGGAGGACACCGAUUCACUUCUAGUGUCCUCCUGUAUCAUCUGGAGUGGAACCAACACGUGGGAUCUAAGUGUACCUGUCUAAUCUCUUAAUCUGAUUGGAUAAUCCAGGACAGGAGAACAUUUCAUCCCUCCGCACUCUCUCUGUCAGCCAGGAUUCCUCCCAUCCCCCUAUAGGAUCUUUUUUAGACCUUUUUCCCAGGUUUCAUCUUCAUCCUUCUUCUUUCUUCUAUUUUUUUGCUUUAUUUAGUCAUUUAAUAAUUUUGUCAUGAUUAUUUGCUCAUUUUUUUCUCAGAAUCCCAGCAAUUACUCGGGUGUGUAUAUAUUUUGGGUUUACAUGCUGGAAGGUCUCUUUCCUGUUUGCUCUGUAAUGUAUAUUUGAUGGGAGUACAGUGGAGAGUCGAUCCUUCGGACCACAGGCACUGAAGUGGUGUUAAAUAUUCAUGAGCUGGACGUUCAGUCUCACAUGUUGUUUGCUCUCAUUAACACGAUGUGUGAAGGUGAAACAAACUCAACCUUCAAUUCAUGAUAUUUAAAUAAAUCAGAUUUUAAAAAGCUCCUUUUAUUAAAGUUUAUUAAACACUACCUCCUGAAAAGUCAUCAGACUUCACCAGUUGAGUUUUGGGUUGUUGGGGUUUUAGUUUUCUUUUUAUGGAUUAAUAAAUUAAGUGUAAUGACAGCAGCACACGUCUCACGUACGUUUCAUAACAGUAUAUUAUGGCUAAUGGGGGAUGCGUUAAAAAAGCAAUAUUAUGUGGCAUUUUAUCCUUUUAAUUGCCUUUUUAAUUCUGUAUGAGUGUAGCAAUAUGAAAUGUAGUAUAUUAUAGACAGUAUAGAUAUAUAUUAUUCAAUUCCAUGUACAUUCAGAAGUAAUAUAUAUAUAAAGCAGAGUGUUUGUGUGAUUAUAUUUCAUCUUUCUUUUCUUUUUUUUUAAGGUAAAAAUAUUGGAUUUUUACUCUUGAAGCUUCUCAUGUGAGAACUGGAAUGUACUGCUAUGGAAUGUAAAAAUGUCCUAAGCUUGAGAUUAUUAUCCAAAAUAAAAUACAAACUAAAGAACUAAA